CACCCCCUUCAUUUAUUUUUCGUCUGCCAGAAAGAGGCUACUGGUUUCAUCGCUGUUAUAUCUCCAUCAACUGUUUCAUGGGAGUUCUAAUCAGUAGAUCUCGAGGUCAUGUUGGUGAAGGAAUGAGUAAAGAUGAAACCUGCUGGUUUCAAAAGCCCUACUUCGCUGCUGCUACUCUUUGUUCCAGCGCCAAUGCUUGUUCGUCUGAUUUAACUGCGUUCUUCCUUAAAAAUUGAAUCUUUGGUGUUGGAUUUACUUGUUCGAAUGACGGAAGGCAGAACUGAAGAACGCGACUCAGUAACGACGACGACGGGAGCUUGUUCGUUGCGAAGGUAGCCAUCUUUCUUCCUUUUGCGCGCUUCUUCGGCCAAAUCCCGUAAAUCCGCCGGGAUAUACGGCAAAAAGAGGGAAACGGAGGAUUUAACUCGCUGUGAGAUUUUACAGUUCCCUAAAUCCAGUUUGGCAGGAUUUAGCAGAAUUACUGCUCAAAUCCUGCAUAAAUCCUGUAUCCAAACAGCCCCUAACUUGACGCAUGGUGUGCUGCUUCUGGAAAUUUUCGGGGGUGAAAGGUUCUGACUUUGAGCUGCUUUACUGUUGCAUGAAAUGGAUGAUCUUGUUAUCCCAAUUCAAAUGCCAGGCCGGUUUCGGAGUAGGAGACUGUUGUUCAUGAUAGGGAUUAUUGCUUCACUUAUUCUAGUUUUUCAUACUUUUACACUACCUUAUAGGAGUGUUUCAUUGCCUGUGCUUCCUAGCCUCAAGAAAGAAGAGAUUUUGUCAGGUGAAGCAACUUCUCUAGAGCGAAAAAGGCUGAAUUUGUUUUCACUUUUAAGUGAUACACAGAACUCUACCUAUCCAAAAGUAAUUCUCAAGGAGCUAGAGUCAACUGAGAUUAAUGAUGCCAGUGGAAGAACAGCAUUUGAUUUCAGAGAUGAACCAAUGGAUGUGGUAUCAAAAAAAGAAGUUCUAUUAGCUAAUGUUACUGGCCAUAUGGAGGAUAUAGAUCUCGAUAGCGAAAUCUCAUUGGAUUUUAAGGAGAGACCACAACUUAAGGAUUCUGAGGAUCAAAUUUCUUGGUCUAUCACAGAUGACGAGAUUGUUGACCAAAAGGAUUUUGCUUCUACUGAGGUGGCAAAAGAAGCUGGCAAUGAUUUUGCGUUUAAAUCUCAGAACAAUACAGAUCUUUUUUCUGAGAGGAACAGAGCAUUACAUGAAGAAGUUAUUGUUCCACUAAAAGCUGUUGGAGGAAAUGAAGCAGAUUCUAAUUCAACAGAAUGUCAAAUGAAGGGAACAGGCCUUACAAACAAAACACAAUUGCCAAGUUCUAGUAUUUCAUCUUCUUCAGCUUUUGGUUCUAAGAAUGCUAAUAUUCACAUAACAAAAACGAGGCCAGGUAAGCUGCCGGUAUCAGUUUCAGAAAUGAAACAACAAAUGCUAGCUUACCAUUCUUCUAAUCAUCAAAAGUGGCAUUCAAAACGUGAUAAGCAGCUUUUAGCUGCUAAGGCACUGCUACACAACACUCCUGUCGUGAAAAAUGAUGAGGAACUUUUUGAACCUGCUUUCUGGAACAUUUCCAGGUUUAAAAGAAGCUAUGAAUUGAUGGAACGGACGCUAAAAAUCUAUGUAUACAAGGAAGGAAACAAGCCUGUAUUUCAUCAGCCACUUUUGAGAGGAAUAUAUGCUUCUGAAGGGUGGCUCAUGAAGCUAUUGCAGUCAGACAAACAUUUUGUUGUUAGAGAUCACAAAAAGGCUCACCUAUUCUAUAUGCCCUUUAGUUCUCGCUUGCUACAACUUGCGUUAUAUGACCGCACUUCUCACAGCCACAGAAACUUAGCUCAGCAUCUGAAGAAUUAUGUAGAGUUAAUUGCAGCAAAGUAUCCAUAUUGGAACAGAACCGGUGGAGCAGAUCAUUUUGCUGCUGCUUGCCAUGACUGGGCACCUCAUAUAACAGCACAAGCCAUGGGAGCUUCAAUCCGGGCCCUCUGCAAUGCUGAUCUCAGAAGAGGUUUCCAGUUGGGAAAAGAUGUUUCUCUUCCUGAAAUCUACGUCCGUUCGGCACGAAAUCCUCUCAAAGAUCUCGGUGGAAAUUCUGCAGACAAUAGAUCAACUCUAGCCUUCUAUGCAGGAAAUCUGCAUGGUCGACUCCGUCCUAUCCUUCUGCAGCACUGGGAGAACAAAGACCCAGACAUGAAAAUCUUAGGCCCCAUGGCUCCUGGUGUGGAGAGCAAAAUGAUCUAUAUCCAGCACAUGAAGAAUAGCAAGUAUUGUAUCUGCCCAAGGGGCUAUGAAGUUAACAGUCCAAGAGUUGUUGAAUCCAUCUACUAUGAAUGUGUUCCUGUCAUAAUAUCUGACAACUACGUUCCACCUUUCUUUGAAGUGUUGAAUUGGGAAGCUUUCUCUGUUAUAAUUCCGGAGGCGGAUGUGCCGAGACUGAAAGAUUUACUGGUUUCAAUCCCGGAAGAGAGAUUCAGGCUGUUGCAGCUGGGAGUAAGAAAAGUUCAAAAACACUUUCUCUGGCACAGCAAGCCUUUGAAGUAUGAUUUGUUUCACAUGAUCCUUCACUCAAUAUGGUACAAUAGAUUGCAUCAGCUAGGAAUUGGAUGAGAGGGUAAGCGAAAGAACUGGUAACCAU